GACAGGCCCUUCCCUCCGUCGGCCCAUCUACUCAGCCCAAGCAAACGACAAGUUGACAACGUCUGUCGACACGUCCAGACUCUAGGCGGAAUUUGCCACAGUUUCCGAUUCCGGCCUUCCGGUUCCGCUGUUUUGCACUCCAGAGCGCAAGCCGCCGCCCGCCAGGCCAGGAUUAAUCUUAGAUGAGUGACCAUCUAUGAAGUUUCUAGAGUGCGCACGAGUGAAGACAUAGUGCGCGGUAAACAUUUGCUUUUUACGAUUUCAAAACCCUCGAAGUGAAGCUGUGCUGCAGUGUCUUCUCGCCUUGCUGUUGCUUACAAGUGUCUCCAUUUUUCAUUUAAGUGGACGUCUGAACACACCACCGUGAACACCUGAAAAUCGAAGGUUGUGAGCUUGUAACUUUUGAAGGAGUAGUUGAUAAGGCAUUCAUCAUUGACAUUGCUAAAAAUUACAUAAAUGGCUGUUAAACUCAUGAUCCCUUACGGGGUCAUGGCCCAUUCAAGAUCUACAAAGCAUUGGAAUGCACUCACAGUUUUUGCAAAGCGAUAUUACUCUCGCAGUAAAUAUGAAGUUGAAGUUCAUGUGGAUGCCCUCAUAAUAAAAACCGGCUUUGAUCCCAGAACUUCUAGGUUUAACUUUCAGCUGAAGGAUUUAGUCAGAAGCAAUCAGAUAGCUCAGGCCGAAGAACUCUACGAACGCAUGCCUUGUAGAAACACAUGUUCAGCGAAUAUGAUGAUUUCAGGUUAUGUGAGUUCUGGCAAUCUUUCUCGUGCCAGUGAGAUGUUCGAUAGUAUGCCUGACCGCACAGAGGUGUCAUGGACAAUAAUGAUUGGUGCAUACUCACAUCACAAGCAACCCAAGGAAGCUUUUACACUCUACGCUGAGAUGUGUAGAGCAGGAAUGAAUCCAGAUCAUAUCACCUUUGCAACACUUUUAUCUGGUUGUGGCGGGACAUCAACUGCAAAAGAAGUGCUUCAGAUUCAUGCCCAUAUCAUUAAAUUGGGAAACAGUUCAGUUUCCUUGGUGAGCAAUAGCUUGGUGGAUUCUUACUGUAAGUGCCAACACCUUGAUCUAGCCCUUCUACUCUUCGAAGAAAUCACGGAUAAAGAUUCGGUGACCUACAAUGCAAUGAUCACGGGAUACUCAAAACAUGGUUCAAAUGAAGAAGCACUAAUGCUCUUUCAAGAGAUGCAAUAUUUGGGCCUGAAGCCUUCAGAUUUCACUUUUGCUACGGUAAUUGGUGCUAUUGUUGGAUUGGAUGCUGCUGCAUUUGGGAAACAAGUCCAUGCACUUGCGAUUAAGACCAGCUUUGUGUGUAAUGUAUUUGUAGGCAAUGCCUUCCUUGACUUUUAUUCUAAACAGAGCCUUUUAGCUGAUGCGAUUAAACUGUUUGAUGAAAUGCCUGAGCUGGAUGGUGUUUCUUAUAAUAUUAUAAUUACAGGAUUUGCAUGGGAUGGUCAGUAUGAAAAAUCAUUCCAUCUCUUACGCAAAUUAAGGAGCACUACAUUUGACAGAAGACAAUUUCCAUUUGCAACUAUGUUGAGCAUUGCUGCAACUACUCAGAAUAUAGAUUUGGGAAGGCAAAUCCAUGCGCAGACAAUAGUGACAAAAACAGAUUCAGAGAUUCAAGUAGGGAAUGCUCUAGUUGACAUGUAUGCAAAAUGUGACAAAUUAAAGGAAACAAACGUCAUAUUUGCUAAUUUGGCUUAUAGUUCUGUUUCUUGGACAGCAAUAAUAUCCGUAUAUGUCCAAAAGGGCCUUUUUGAGGAAGCUGUAGAGUUGUUCAAGGAAAUGGGUAGACAAAGUGUUCACGGCGACCAGGCUACUUUUGCAAGUGUUUUAAAAGCUUCGGCAAACUUGGCUUUGGUUUCACUAGGGAGGCAGUUACACUCACAUAUUAUCAGACUGGGAUUGAUGUCUAAUGUUUUCUCUGGAAGUGCCCUCCUUGGCAUGUAUGCAAAAUGUGGGUCCAUAAGUGACGCGAUUAAGAUUUUCAAAGAGAUGCCUGAUAGAAACAUAGUCUCCUGGAAUGCAAUGCUCUCAGCUUAUGCUCAAAACGGCGACGAUGAAGCUACUCUGAGGUCAUUUAAUGAAAUGACUGAAUCCGGUCUUUAUCCUGAUUCAGUUAGUUUCCUCAGUGUCUUAACUGCAUGCAGUCAUCAUGGGCUUGUUAAAGCUGCACGGGAGUAUUUUAGUUUGAUGACCCAAUCAUAUAAUUUGGAUCCAAAGAGAGAACACUAUACAACUAUGGUUGAUGUGCUGUGUAGAAAUGGACGAUUUGAUGAGGCCGAGGAGUUAAUUGCCAAAAUGCCAUAUGUGCCAGAUGAGAUCCUUUGGUCAUCAGUUUUGAACUCAUGCAGGAUUUAUAGGAAUCAUGAACUUGCAGGAAAGGCUGCCGACCAACUAUUCAAGAUGGACACGCUAAAUGCUGCUGCUUAUGCUUAUGCCAAUGUGUCUAACAUCUAUGCAGAGGCUGGCCAGUGGAAUAAAGUAGCAACUCUGAAAAAGGGUAUGAGGGAAAAAGGAGUUAAGAAAGUAGCAGCAUGUAGUUGGGUUGAAAUUGACCAUGCAGUACAUAAAUUUACUGCAAACGAUAGAACCCACCCACAAGCUGAUGCAAUUAGAAAGAAAAUUGACUCGUUGGGGAAGGAGAUGGAAAAGGAAGGAUACAAGCCGGACACAAGCUGUUCACUACAAAAUGUUGAUGAAGAAUUUAAGAUAGAUUCACUGAAGUAUCAUAGUGAAAGAUUAGCUAUUGCGUUUGCUUUAAUCAGUACUCCAGAAGGAUCGCCUAUUGUAGUGAUGAAAAACUUGCGAGCAUGUAUGGAUUGUCAUGCUGCCAUCAAAAUAAUAUCAAAAAUUGUUGGGAGGGGAAUUAGUGUUCGAGAUUCAAGCAGAUUCCAUCAUUUUAGAGAUGGAUCAUGUUCGUGUAGAGACUACUGGUGACAUAGCUGGUCAUUUACAGAGUAGUUUUAAUACUUACGAAAUUCCAUGAUGUCUAUUACAAUCUCUGUACAUCCCUUGGAUUGAAGAUACUGAAAUGAUAGCCCAGUACCCUGCUCUAUAUUCUUUCCCUUGUAGAUGCACUUAAUUUGAGUUUCUUCACUGGCAAGCUAGGAUACUCUUGGGUCCUGGAUACUGAUAUCUGGCAAUGGUGGCAAUGGCCAGAACUUACAAGUUUAGGUGGCAUGCCUUUGGAAAGAUAUUUUGCAGGUGCUUUUGGGAACUAUAAUAUUGUUCUGUAUGAUGUUGGGACGGUAAAAAGUGGUUGCUUGAAGUCUAUACUCUUCAAUCUGGAUACAAGCUUGCCUACCCUUGACAUCUUAUCACUGUUCGGUAGAGGAUCCAACUGCAAAGCCAGUAGCAACAUCUCCCUCCAGGGAUGUCCCUGAAAACCAUUGUGCCACCAUGUGAAAUUGUCUUCUUAAGGAAAGCCAUAUUGAAGGAUCUCCUGUCUUAGAAUUGUAGAAAAGGCUACAACUUUCUGUUUCACUUUCAAAUCCGAAGUUGACUAUCGAUGAGACGGAGGAUAGAAAAUUUAUUUAACUAGCAUAUCAGGUGGUUGGAGGGGCUCGUGAUGGCAAACAGGUUCAGCUACAUCGUUUGCUGGUCACGAUUUUCCACAUGAAAACAAUGCUCAAUUGGUUUCAUUUUCAUUAUCUUCUCUGAUUAUAAAGGCUACACAAGUACUUCCUGAGCGCUGGAGUAAUCUUUGUCAAAAUCAGUACAGUUGAACGAACUUGGCCAAUUGCUGAGAGAUUAUCAACGUUUGGUUGCCCUAAAUAAAAAGUAAGAGGAAACUCAAUUGCUGAGAGAUUAUCAACGUUUGGUUGCCCUAAAUAAAAAUUGCGAAUGGAUGACGUCCCACAUUUGCUGGAAGACUGGAAGAGUACAGAGUACAGACAAUGGACAGUAAUGUACAGUAAAUGAACGCAUAGUAUCACAUGAUUCACAUCCACAUUAAAAUGAAUAAUGCAAAGAUCAUGUUUUGACACUUGUUGAGUUAUUUGUCAAUAUUUGUGGGAGAGUGGGAAAUCAGAAAUUUAUAUUAUGCUCACAAGAUUAAUUCGUUUUGUUUUGACCCUACCUGUUUCUACUGCUACUACGGAAAGAACAUUUUCAGCAAUGAAACAUGUGAAGAUGGCACUUCGUAACAAAAUGGGAGAUUUUCUUGAAGAUUUAUUGAUGAUUUACAUUGAUAGAGAAUUUGUCAAUAAUAUAGAUGUAGAUUCUAUUAUCGUCAAUAAUAUAGAGUAUAGACUAUAGACGUAGGAUACAACUUAAGUGAUGUUUUGAUGAAUAUUAUUAUGUACGCUUCUUUCAAUUUUUUUCCUUAGCCACCCACCCCAUUGUAACUUUCUGAUCCGACCCUGCAAGGCUGCAAACACGUGAUGUUAUUUUUUU